GAGAGCGAGAGGGAGAUGGGGGGGGUGACGUCAGCUAGACCCAUAUGACUUGCUUCGCCCUACCUCAACUGACCAGCAUUUCAGCGUUCCGCAAAUAUAUUCCAUACACUGCACACUCAGCCUUAAUGCCACAUCAACCAGACAAUGAGAGAAACCCCGGGACAGUCUUUUUUGGAGAGAAAUAGGAUGAACACCGUUAUGUGCGCCAAAGCCUACACAUCACAUGUUGGACACCGUCACAUUUCCGCCGGGUAAAAUCCUAUUUCGUUGGUACUAUAAUUUAAAAUAUAUUGAUAUCUGUUGAUAUCUGUAUAUAUUACGCUGGACCACCGGAGUAUAUUCGAAUGGACAGACGCAGACUGAUGUCGCUGUAGCCAAUCUAUGCCCUGCUCGAGGGAGUUGCGUCUGCUUCUCCCGCCAUCCGACGCUUCUUUUUCCAGGUGUUGCAUUCAUCCACCAACCUCCACACGAGGAUGGAGCAGCUUCGCGCUAUGGGUCUCGAGCUCUCAUCAUUGAUCCAGUCACCUCAGAGCUCCUGUGAUGUCCAAAUGCGGUGAGGCAAGGCGCCCGGUGAAGUUGAAGAUUCCGGAAAUUCCUGGACUACAUUCGUUCUAUACUUUUCAAUUAAUUGUUGACGGAGAACUAUAAGCUUUAUUUACGGAAAAUAUGCUUCAUGAUCUCGCACUAGUUACAUGGCACGCUAGUUGUUACGAGUGAAAAACGAAUGAAAAAGCAGAAGGUAUAGGCUACUGCAUUAGCGACGUGUGAGGCAAGCACACAUUAAAUGCCACUAAAUGCCUAUCAGCAAUAUCUACAUUAAAUUCGGUGUUAUUUAAUGGGCAAGGAUGACCGCACAAGUGCGUUAAAAUUGCUUAAAUUUUUUAACGUAAAUACAAAUUAUUUUUGCAGACGUUAUUUUCUGUAAUGCACUGCCGACCUCACAACGUUAUAAUGGUGUGGACCGUUGGCACAUGGUGGCUGGUGCUGUAGUUCUUGACACCUAAUUAUUUAUGCGUGCGCAAUUGAGCUGCGUUGACUAUAAUGGAAAACACAUUAUUCCUGCAAUGAUCUUUAAUCAAGCGACCACUUCCAUACAUUUUACGCGACUGAUGGGUGCAUGACAAUGACUGACAAGCACACUGUUUCAAUUCAGCUCGACACACCCCAAGGAAACCAUGCCAGUUUGGUUCGAUAUGCACAGAACGUCUCCCCAGAAUCGCUGAGCACGUUUGGCUAACAUCUAGAAAACAGGGGUAAAUCACCAACCACGUUGAAAACAAUGGAAUUGUCUGAAGUUCGAUGUUCCAGUGCAAGCGAAGAGCUCUACACCAUCAACAGGACGCCGACCAGCAACAGCAGCACACGACCCAAAAGGUUGCUGUGGCAGAACGCGGUUCGACACAUCACCGAACAGAGGUUCAUCCAUGAACAAAGCGAAGCAAAAGGCAUCACCCCCGACGAGCCCUACGACCAGAGCCUACGGAAACAAUCUGGCGGUCGGACCUCGGUAGGCGACAGACACAACAACGGGGGCACCAAAGUCUUCCCCGAGCGCGCCAGCAGUGACCUAGGAUUUCUUCAAAUCGAUUGCGCCCCGAGCAACUCUGACUUUUUCUUAAAUUGGGGCUACACGUACAGAGGCGUAAUAUUCCCCACUCUACGCAAUUCUUUUAAAUCUCGAGACCUCGAGCGCCUGUACCAACGCUACUUUUUGGGCCAGAGGCGCAAAUCGGUAGUUGUGAUGAACAUUUUGGACGUGGUGACCAAACUAACCCUGUUGGUUUUACAUUUAACACUCGCGUCUUCUCCAAUGGAUCCCAUCAAAGGAAUGCUCCUGGGCUUUUUCACCGGCAUCGAAGUGGUCAUUUGUGCCUUAGUGGUAGUCCGAAAAGAUACGACCUCGCACAGCUAUCUGCAAUACAGUGGCGUGGUGACGUGGGUGGUUAUGACCACACAGAUUUUGGCAGCUGGAUUGGGCUACGGACUCUUGGGCGACGGUGUGGGAUACGUGCUUUUCACCCUCUUUGCCACUUACAGUAUGCUUCCCUUGCCUCUCACUUGGGCUAUUCUGGCAGGCUUGGCAACCUCAGCCCUCCACAUUGUUGUACAACUAUUCAUCUCCGCAAACGCACAGCUCUCCACAAAUCAGAAAUCGAGACUCAUCGGACCAGGCAACAUUCUUCCAGUCUUCAACUGUCCAAUUUUGGUGGUAGCCCAGGCAGUGCUGUUCAUGUGUAUGAACACAGCCGGCAUCUUCAUCAGCUACCUGUCGGACCGCGCCCAGCGCCAGGCCUUCCUUGAGACCAGGCGAUGCAUCGAGGCCAGGCUCCGACUGGAGACAGAGAAUCAGAGACAGGAAAGGCUGGUGUUAUCGGUUCUGCCCCGGUUUGUGGUGUUGGAGAUGAUCAACGACAUGACAAAUGUGGACGAUGAGCACCUCCAGCACCAGUUUCACAGAAUCUACAUCCACCGCUAUGAGAAUGUCAGCAUUCUUUUUGCAGACGUUAAAGGGUUCACUAACCUCUCCACGACGCUGUCCGCGCAAGAACUGGUGCGGAUGUUGAAUGAGCUCUUUGCACGCUUUGACCGUCUUGCCCAUGAGCACCAUUGUUUGAGGAUAAAGAUCUUGGGAGACUGCUACUACUGUGUGUCCGGACUCCCUGAGCCUCGACAGGACCACGCCCAUUGCUGUGUAGAGAUGGGCCUCAGUAUGAUUAAGACCAUCAGAUAUGUAAGGUCACGCACCAAGCAUGACAUCGACAUGCGAAUUGGGAUCCACUCAGGCUCGGUUCUGUGUGGGGUACUGGGACUAAGGAAGUGGCAGUUUGACGUGUGGUCGUGGGACGUGGACAUCGCCAACAAGCUGGAGUCAGGGGGGAUCCCAGGGCGAAUCCACAUUUCCAAGGCGUCCCUGGACUGCCUGAACGGAGACUACGAGGUGGAGGAGGGCCACGGCGAGGACCGCAACGAAUUCCUGCGGCGCCACAACAUCGAGACAUACCUGAUCAAGCAGCCCGAGGACAGUCUGCUCACACUGCCUGAGGACAUCAUGAAGGAGGCGACCAGUACGGACCGGCGAGCCAGCAGCACCACCUUCAACGAGGGCUCCUGGAGUCCUGAGCUGCCCUUUGACAACAUUGUGGGCAAGCAGAAUACUCUGGCUGCCCUAACGAGAAAUUCAAUAAAUCUGCUUCCAAACCAUCUUGCACAAGCUUUGCAUGUCCACUCUGGUCCUGAGGAAAUUAACAAGCGCAUAGAGAGCAUCAUCGACUUACGGAGUGGCGAUAAGUUGAGAAGAGAGCAUAUCAAGCCUUUCUCACUGAUGUUUAAAGACUCCAGCCUGGAAGAAAAGUAUUCCCAAAUGAGGGAUGAAGUGUUCAAGUCCAACCUGGUGUGCGCCUUCAUCGUGCUCAUCUUCAUCACGGCCAUUCAGAGCCUGCUGCCUUCUGCCAGGAUGGUGACCAUGGUGAUCCAGUUUUCAGUGCUCAUCAUCCUGCACUCAUGCCUGGUUCUCUUGACAACGGCGGAGGACUACAAGUGUCUGCCUUUGGUCCUGCGCAAGGCCUGCUGCUGGAUCAACGAGACCUACAUGGCCCGCAAUGUCAUCGUCUUUGUCUCCAUCCUCAUCAACUUCCUGGCGGCCAUGAUCAACAUUCUGUGGUGUGAUUUUGACAAGUCUACUACCUUCAGCAACCAGACCUUCAACACAUCCUCCACGAUCCCUGACAUCUGCUUCUACCCUGAGUAUUUUGUGUUCACAGGGGUGCUUGCCAUGGUAACGUGCGCAGUGUUUCUGCGACUGAACUCGGUGCUGAAGCUUGCCGUGCUCCUGGUGAUGAUUGCAGUCUACUCUCUGCUCACAGAAGCCUUCUACAUCUCCCUGUUUCUUCGUUAUGAUCAUGUCCACCACAACACAGAAAACGUCCUUGGGACCAAAGAGACCUCCUUGCUUUUGAUGGCCAUGUUCCUCCUGGCUGUAUUUUACCACGGGCAACAGCUUGAAUACACAGCACGACUGGAUUUUCUCUGGCGUGUCCAGGCCAAGGAGGAGAUCAACGAGAUGAAGGAGCUCCGGGAACAUAAUGAGAACAUGCUCCGGAAUAUUCUGCCCAGUCACGUCGCUCGCCAUUUCCUGGAGAAGGAUCGGGAUAAUGAGGAGUUGUACUCCCAGUCUUAUGAUGCUGUGGGCGUGAUGUUUGCCUCCAUCCCAGGAUUCGCUGACUUCUACUCCCAAACUGAGAUGAACAACCAAGGGGUGGAAUGUCUGCGUCUUCUCAACGAGAUAAUAGCGGACUUUGAUGAGCUCCUUGGUGAGGAACGAUUCCAGGACAUUGAGAAGAUCAAGACUAUUGGCAGCACCUACAUGGCAGUCUCCGGACUGUCGCCUGAAAAACAACAAUGUGAGGACAAGUGGGGUCAUCUGUGUGCGCUGGCUGACUUUGCCAUCGCCCUGAACGAGAGCAUCCAGGAGAUAAACAAGCACUCCUUCAACAACUUUGAGCUGAGAAUCGGCAUGGCUCAUGGCUCGGUGGUCGCUGGCGUGAUCGGCGCCAAGAAGCCCCAGUACGACAUCUGGGGGAAAACGGUGAACCUGUCGAGCCGCAUGGACAGCACCGGGGUGAGCGGGAAGAUCCAGGUCCCCGAGGACACCUACCUGAUCCUGACGGAGCGGGGCUUCGCCUUCGAGUACCGCGGCGAGAUCUACGUGAAGGGCAUCAGCGAGCAGGAGGGCAAGAUCCGCACGCAUUUCCUCCACGGCCGCGUGCAGCCCAACCCGCUCAUACUGCAACCGCGCAAGCUCCAAGGCCAGUACUCCCUGGCGGCCGUGGUGCUGGGCCUGGUGCAGUCACUCAACCGGCAGAAGCAGAAGCAGAUCCUGAACGAGAACAACAACUCGGGGAUCAUGAAGGGCCACCACUACAACAGGAGGACGUUGCUGGCCCAGGCGGGGCCCGAGGGGGGGGGCCAUGCCGACGUGGCCGACAAGGCCGAGCUGCCCUGAACGGAGCGGGGAGGGGGAGGGG